CAGCGUCCGUCUAGAGUACAAAUCCACUCAUUCCAUAGUAGUAGCGAGGCAGUCCGCUGCGUGCCCACGCUCCAAGAGCCACCGCUCCGGGACACCCGACGGGGGCCCCCCUCCACCCGCUGGCUCUGCGCGGUGGGGGCGGGCGGCACAGGGAAUAGAAAAAGCCGUCCUGCAAUCCGCAGCCGAAGUCGGGCCGCCUAGCCAAUCGGAGUGCGGGCAGUUCUCUUUAGUUUACAGUUGUAGGUUCUUUCCAGUGCGCUGGGGCCAGGUCUGCAUGCGGCCGGUGAUUGGACAAAAUGAGAACCUCUAAGCCUAUCAAAGAUCACCACGUGGGCGGGACUCCAGAAGCCGGUCUGGCUUGGAGCGGCGGGCUCUGGGUCCCCCAGACCGGCGCGGAUCUGCGGCCGCCUGCUGGGGGCGGGCGGAGGCGGAGCUCGGCGCCGCAGCAUGCAAUCGGGACCGCCUGCGUGCCGGGCCAGGUGGAGGCCGGGCGCCGGGGCCGAGGUCGCCCGGAGCCGGCCGGCUGCCUUCGAGCCGAGUCAGCGUCAUCGCCGAACCUAAGUGAGGGGGCGCGGGGAAGGCCACGGAGGGCGCCGGGGCGCUGGAGGGAGCUUCGCGGACGCGAGCUGGGGCCCCGCUCGCCAUGGGGGAGGUGGAGAUCUCGGCCCGGGCCUACGUGAAGAUGUGCCUGCACGCCGCCCGGUACCCGCACGCCGCGGUCAACGGGCUGUUGCUGGCGCCGGUGCCGCGGUCGGAAGACUGCCUGUGCCUCACCGACUGUGUGCCCCUGUUCCACAGCCACCUGGCCCUGUCCGUCAUGCUGGAGGUCGCCCUCAACCAGGUGGAUGUGUGGGGUGCGCAGGCCGGGCUGGUAGUGGCUGGGUACUACCAUGCCAAUGCAGCUCUGGACGACCAGAGCCCUGGGCCCCUGGCCUUGAAAAUCGCCGGGCGGAUUGCAGAAUUCUUCCCUGAUGCUGUACUCAUUAUGUUGGAUAAUCAGAAACUGGUGCCUCAGCCUCAUGUGCCCCCAGUCAUCGUCCUGGAGAACCACGGUCUCCGCUGGGUCCCCAAGGACAAGAACUUAGUGAUGUGGAGGGACUGGGAAGAGUCACGGCAGAUGGUGGGAACACUCCUGGAUGGCCGGGCCUACCAGCACCUUGUGGACUUUGACUGCCACCUUGACGACAUCCGGCAGGACUGGACCAACCAGCAGCUCAACACCCAAAUCACCCAGUGGGUUGGUCCCACCAAUGGAAAUACCUGAACCAGGGCCGGGGCGUGGGAGGGUCAGGAUCCAAUAAAGAGACUUGGGCUGAUGGGCAA